GCCCCGGGCCGAGGCAGCGGCGGCGGCGGCCACCGGAGCGCGGGGGCCGAGCGGAGGGGCCGGAGGGAAGGCAGGGAGGGAGGGCCCGGCCGCCCUGCCCUCCGCCCUCCGCCGCCGCGCCCGCCCGCGCCCCCCUCCCCGCGCCGCCCGGCAUGGACGGCGGCGGGGGCGGCCCCGAGGGCACCGGCCUGGAUACGAUGCUCGAGGGCUCCGCUCGCCGCCCGCGAUCCCUCCCCGCCCUGCCCCUGCCGUGAUCCCGACCCCGCCGCAGCCGCGCCCGCCAGGACCGAGCCGCCCCCGCCGGGCUCCGAUGGAAGAGGCGCCGGGCCCGAGCAGCCCCGCCGGCAGCGAGGGCGCCCCAUGAGCCCCCCCAGAUGAGCCAGGCAGGCAAGGGGGAGCCCCCCGGGGCCGGCAUGGCGCAGGAGGGGCCGCCCGCCUUCUACCCCGGCCAGGAGCUCGACCUGUCCACCAAGGUGUACAAGAGGGAGUCAGGGAGCCCCUUCUCGGUGCUGGUGGACAGCAAGGGCGGCAAGGGCCACCUCCACGAGAGGGAGGAGCAGCCCUUUUUCAGGGAGAGCAGAGCGGUAGGAGAGGUGCGGGCUGUGAAAGAAGACAGGGAAAACUCUGACGACUCUGAGGAGGAGGAAGAGGAGGAAGAUGAAGUGACUUACAAAAGGGAGCAGAUUAUAGUGGAGGUAAACCUUAACAACCAAACCUUAAAUGUGUCCAAAGGGGAGAAGGGUGUCCCCUCCCAGUCCAAAGAGACUGCUGUCCUUAAGAGCAGCAGUGAGGAAGAGGAGGGUGACAGCGGGGAAGAGGAGGCCACGGAAGACAGCAACGACUACGAGGAGAACGAGAGGCAGAAGAAAAAGGAGAAAAGAGCGGAGAAGGGCAGCGUUGGCCAGAGGAGGAGCAGGAGAGCGGCCGCGGCCGCCGCCGCCUGCCCGGCGCCCCGAGCCACGCGCGGCCGCAGGAAGGGCGCCGAGCCCCCCAAGCGCAAGAAGAAAGCAGCCAAGGAGCCCAAGGCGCCCGUGCAGAAACCCAAGUGCGAGGAGAAGGAGACUCUGACGUGCGAGAAGUGCCCCAGGGUGUUUAACACGCGCUGGUACCUGGAGAAGCACAUGAACGUCACGCACAGGCGCAUGCAGAUCUGCGACAAGUGCGGCAAGAAAUUUGUGCUGGAGAGCGAGCUGUCCCUCCACCAGCAAACUGACUGUGAAAAAAACAUCCAGUGCGUGUCCUGCAACAAAUCCUUCAAGAAGCUCUGGUCGCUGCACGAGCACAUCAAGAUCGUGCACGGCUACGCCGAGAAGAAAUUCUCCUGCGAGAUCUGCGAGAAGAAAUUCUACACCAUGGCCCACGUGCGCAAACACAUGGUUGCCCACACCAAGGACAUGCCCUUCACGUGCGAGACCUGCGGCAAGUCCUUCAAGCGCAGCAUGUCCCUCAAGGUGCACUCGCUGCAGCACUCGGGGGAGAAGCCCUUCCGCUGCGAGAACUGCGACGAGAGGUUCCAGUACAAGUACCAGCUGCGCUCGCACAUGAGCAUCCACAUCGGGCACAAGCAGUUCAUGUGCCAGUGGUGUGGCAAGGACUUCAACAUGAAGCAGUACUUCGAUGAGCACAUGAAAACCCACACUGGAGAGAAGCCGUUCAUCUGCGAGAUCUGCGGCAAGAGCUUCACGAGCCGGCCCAACAUGAAGCGGCACCGGCGCACGCACACGGGCGAGAAGCCGUACCCGUGCGACGUGUGCGGGCAGCGCUUCCGCUUCUCCAACAUGCUCAAGGCGCACAAGGAGAAAUGUUUCCGCGUCACCAGCCCCGGCACCAGCCCCGGCCCCGCCGUGCCCGCGGCGCUGCCCGCGCCCUGCCCGGCCCCUGCGGCCGCGGGCGCCGCGCUGGGGCUGCCGCUGGGCCCGGCCGCGCCGCCGCGCCCGGUGCCGCACCCGUACGGAGCGCUGGCGCUGCCGCCGCCGCCGCACGGGCACCACCACGGGCACCACCACGGGCAGCAGCAGCAGCAGCAGCAGCACCUGCCCGUGCCCCCCGUGCCGCACCUGCCGCCGCCGCCCGCCCUGUUCAAGAGCGAGCCGCUGAACCACCGUGGGCACGGCCAUGGGCACGGGCACGGGCACGGGCACGGUGGGGACGGGUUCCUGCGGCACCUGGACAAGGGCGGCCCCGCGCAGCCGCACUGACAGCGCCCGGCACCUGGCACCUGGCAUCCAGGUUUGGGAGCUGGGAGGGGAGCUGGGAGGGGAUUGAGCUGCCGUGGGCACGGGCACGGGCACGGGCAUGGCAGGGAUGGCUUCCUGCGGCACCCGGAGCAGCGGCUGGCACCCAGGUGUGGGAUCCAGGAUGGGCUCUGGGCUUGGAUCAGGCAUGGAAUUGGACCACCAUGGUCAUGGGCAUGGCUUCCUGUGGUGCCUGGACAGGACCAGCCUGGCACAGCUGCACUGACACCAGCUGGCACCCAGGUGUGGGAGCUGGCAUCCAGAAUGGGAGCUGGCAUCCAGAAUGGGAGCUGGCACCAAGGUUUGGGAGCUGGCAUCCAGGUUUGGGAGCUGGGAUGGGAUCUAGCAUGGCAUUGGACUUGGGCACGGCUUCCUGCAGCACCUGGACGAGACCAGCCUGGCACGGCCACACUGACAACAGCUGGCACCUGGGAUCCAGGUGUGGGAGCUGGGAUGGGAUUGCACUGCCAGGGCCACGGGCACGGCUUCCUGCAGCACCUGGGCAAGGCCAGCCUGGCACAGCCCCUCUGGGAUCAGGGGCUGGCACGGAAUUGGGCUCUGGGAUGGCAUCGAGAGCCUGAACCACAGCAAGGGCUUCCUGUGGCACCUGGGUGAGCCCAGGCUGGCACAGCCACACGGACACGGGCUGGGAUCAGGGACCUGGGAUCCACGUUUGGGAUCUGGGAUCCACGUUUGGGAUCUGGGAGCCACGUUUGGGAUCUGGGAUCUGCUCUCCUGCCGCCCCAUUUCGUGCUUGGGGUCCCGGUUUGGGAUCUGGGACGGGACGGAGCCCCAGAACCACCACGGGCACACCUGGGCAAGGCCAGGCUGGCACAGCCACACGGACACGGGCUGGGAUCAGGACUGGGGUGUGGAUCUGGGAUCCAGGAUGGGAUCUGGGCCUGGGAUCUGGAUCUGGGAUCCGGGACUGGGGUCUGGAUCUGGGAUCCAGGAUGGGAUCUGGGCCUGGAAUCCAGGAUCCAGGAUGGGAUCUGCCCUUCUGCAACCCCAUACCAUGCUUGGGAUCCAGGACCCAGCUUUGGGGUCCAAUCUGGCUCUGGGAUCCAGGAUCUGGAUCUUGGAUCUGGCUCUGAGAUCUGGGACCCAGCUCUGGGAUCCAGUCUGGGUCUGGGCUCUGGGAUUCAGCUCUGGGAUCUGGCUCUGGGAUUCAGGAUCCGACUCGGGGAUCCAGUCUGGGUUUGAGAUCCACUCUGGCUCUGGGAUCUGGGUUCCAGCUCUGGGAUCUGGGAUCCAUUCUGGCUCUGGAAUCUGGGUUCCAGCUCUGGGAUCUGGGAUCCAUUCCAGCUCUGGGUUCCAGCUCUGGGUUCCAUUCUGGCUCUGGGAUCUGGGAUCUGGGUCUUGGAUCUGGCUCUGGAAUCUGGGAUCCAGCUCUGGGAUCUGGGAUCCAGUCUGGCUCUGGGAUCUGGGAUCCAUUCCAGCCCUGGGUUCCAGCUCCGGGUUCCAGCUCUGGGAUCCGUUCCAGCUCUGGGUUCCAGCUCUGGGUUCCAUUCUGGCUCUGGCAUCUGGGAUCUGGGUCUUGGAUCUGGCUCUGGAAUCUGGGAUCCGGCUCUGGGAUCUGGGAUCCAUUCUGGCUCUGGGUUCCAGCUCUGGGAU